CUCAGGUCCUCAAAGGAUCUGUAAAAUUCAAAGAAAAGCUGCGUGUUUCCAUUGGGAAUAGGGGGAGAAAGCUAUUUUUUAAACAGCAUAAAGCUGUAAAGAACUUAAAUUGUCCAUUAUUAAUUCUGUGAGUCGAAUCUAGUUCAUUGCUGGGGUUUUACUGUAUAGGGGAUGUGAGAUUAUUAUUAUUAUUAUUAUUAUUAUUAUUAUUAUUAUUAUUAUUAUUAUUAUUACUACUACUACUAUUAUUUUACUGGUCUUCUGUAGCUGAAAUCCCAGGUGCUGUCCGACUAUUGGAUUUUCCGCUGUACAAUUAAGGAAGACACUAUGAAGGACGGCAUGGCGAACAACAGCACAGCCAGUAUAUCCCAAGCCAGGAAAUCAGUGGAGCAGCUCAAGAUGGAAGCCUGCAUGGACAGGAUAAAGGUGUCCAAGGCUGCUGCUGAUUUGAUGGCAUACUGUGACGCUCAUAUAAGGGAGGACCCGCUUAUCUGCCCAGUGCCAGCCUCUGAAAACCCCUUCCGGGAGAAGAAAUUCUUCUGCACCAUCCUGUGAGACCCGUGUCGAUACCACCACUGCACAGUGGGAUCAGUCCUGAUUACAACAACCAUGAUGAAGUUGAUGAUGAGCAGCAAAAAGCUUCAAAUUCUGCUUCCUUAUAACAGCAGUUGCAGUUUGGUAGCUGCAGGGGGCGCUGAAGUCCAAUAACUGGUGUCAUUUGAUUGUCUGUGUUUCGUUUAGGUUUGUUAUGCUUAUUAUUAGAGAACAGUAUUGCUCAUUGCCUAAAAAAAUAAUAAUAAUUGAAAAACUUUUUAAGCGAUUAGCUUUUAGGGCUUCAGGAAGAAGAAAAGUGUUGCCAUGGGACAGUUGUCAGUAUUCUUUUUAUUUUAUUGAUGUUGCUACAUAAAUGAUCUUGGUUAAAUGGGAUAUAAUUAUUCAUCUCAUUAGUAUUAGCAUUUCUCAUUAGAGAAAGUACUCUUUCUCUUCUAAUUUGUCAAACAUUUUAAUAUUAAAACCAACUGCAUAAGGAAACCAGAUUGCAAGCAAUAGAUUUCUAAAAUGUAUUUAUUUUUCUUAAUCUGCCAACAUAGGAUAUGACUAAUCUUUGCAAAAUUGAGUGUAACCCUACGUGGGCUAGUCUGAAGAACAUACAGUUAGGACAGAAGUAUUAAUGCCACGUUUCCAUCUAAAAAUCUCAUCUUGUUCCAGUAUCAAACAGAGAAUUCUACUGGUACCAUCUACAUUGUACGGUCCAAUCUGCAACUGAAGCAUCCAUGUGUAUAUUUUUUUGUAUACAGUAAUUCCCUUUAGAGUUUAAAAAUAUUUCACCUACCUCCAAGAUUUUCUUGUUUUGUUGUUUAUACCCAUGUUCAUUUUGGUUAGUCCCAGUUCAGAUUGUUUUUUUCUUGGUUUAAACGCAAACACUUUAAACGCAAAACGAGUUUCAGUUGGAAACAAGGUAUUAGCACUUCUAUCACUCCAUGGCCCGUUUCAAUAGAAAUCUAACAGUGUUUAUAACCAUCAGGUAGUUGGCAUAAUUAUUGUGGUAACAAGAUGCAUUAAAAUAAAAUAAUAUCUUUUCAACAAUACAGUUGAAAUCUCUAAAGUUACAGUACAGAGUAAUGUAACUGAUAUCUGGUCCCAUUGAAACACGCAUUCAUUUAUUUAUGAAUAUAAUAAUGUGGACUUUGCAGGCUAAAAUGGUUUGUAACUGGCAGUGUUGUGCUUCUAAAGCAAGCACAGCUUGGCACUCCUGCAAUGUGUUCAGUCUUAGUUGUUUCCCAGUUACUUUAAGGGUGUGGGGCCAUUAUCCAGAUCAACUAACCAUCAACUACCCCCUCCUCCAUUUUGCCUGGUUACUUGACGUUGCACUGUAAUACUGACUGCCACUUUCACUAUAGUUUGGUUACUAGUUAUGUACUCUUUAUCUUAAGAGUCCUUAAUUCCAUACCCUUGGCCCAUAUUCAGUUUGCUAGUUGCUAGGCCUCAACAUGUUUUAUUUUGCUCUAUUUUAGUAGAGCCAUGUGGGCAAGGAGGUUUGCAGGUACAGUGCACUGCUCCUUCUGCUCUGUUCUGGAGGAAGACUUGCUGCUUUCAGAGCUUAAUCAGUCCAACAUUACUUUCAAACUUGAUGGUAAAUUUGUACUCAACCUAAGGAUCUAAAAAAUAAUAUGUGAAAUGUAAAUUGCUUAAAUCAACAACUGGAGUUAGACACGGUGCUUGACCCUUGCUCUUUACAGAACACACACUUUCACUUUCAUUUUUUCAUGCCAUUUUUAUUCUAAUUUCCAGUCAGACUACACUCGCAAUGGCUUUGCGGUCAUUCAUGGAACCCCAUGGUAGCUGUCAAUCCUUAAUGUUGGUUCUCAACAUUGUAUUGCUGUACCAUUUAAUGAAGCCACAAUAAAUAUAUCUGUCUACCUUUGUGUUCUAGUUUUCGCAACCCCCCCAUGUUUACAUCACUACCCUUACAGUAGAACGUUUGCCCAGAAUAAAAAGGUUGGGUCUCAAAUGCCUCAUCCAAUAGCCAUACACCCAAUUAACCAGCACAGUUCCACUCUCCCAAUUACCAGUUAGCACCUCGCCCAUCUCUGCCCUAUAGUUAGCCUCCUACGCCGAAUCAAUUGAGUCAAGACUAAUAUUCCUGCCUCUGUUAAGCUUUCAGUCGCUUCAGUCAUAUAGUUCAAGGUUAAAAUUGAUGGUAAUGUGAUGCUCAGGGUAUUAGUGUCCCAUUUGUCUGGCUACAGUUGCAAGUUGUCCUGUGCACGCCGCUCAUUGACUAUUGGAAUGCAGUAGACUGCGUGGGUAGAACUUAUUUAACUUGAAAUGGUGCAGCAGCACACUUGCAAACAGAACUGCCACUUUCCCCUACAAAGCUAAAGGCAAUGUUAUAUCCAGGCUGGCUGAGCACACUCAUGCUUAUGGGAAGAGUCAGAUUCUAAAAAGCUAAAAUGAAACACACAGGAGUGAAAUACACAAGUUUAUCAUAAAAUAAGAUUGUGGCUAUACUGUAACUGGUUUGGCAGGCUUAUUCUAUCCCAGCUUUACUCUUGAUAUAUUGUCCCCUCUGUAUAUAUUGUCCCCUCUUGAUGUAUUGUCCCCUCUGUAAGUCCAUGUCAUUUCCCUAUGGCUUGCCUUUAAACCCCAGGGUGAAACUCCUUCCUCACAUGCUAGGCACACGCAUGCAUGCCCUUUCGCUCAGCUUCUGUUCAUUUAGGAAGAGAUAGUAGAUCUUAUAAAAUGCAUGAUGUUAGUUUUAUCAAGUGCUGUGAAACAGAUGUAUCUUGUAUAUUAGGUCACAGUCUUGACUCCUUGAAAAAAAAAAAAGCACAAUUUUAAAUUGUAUUGUUUGGUUUUUAGUUUUUUUUAAAUGACACAUUUUUACAAAGUAGAAGUGAAAUAUAUGUUUACAAUAUGUUGCAGAGCUAUUUUUAGAUAGAGGAGGAACGACGUGUGGUGCUCCAGCUUUGACAACAAAUUAAAAGUUGUAUCUUGUUUUGUAAAGUGUACUGCACAGAAAUGUGUGUUGCGCAAAAAGAAUAUCAUUCAGCAUGUAGUUCUAUUGUGCCACGUGUUAAAACCCCAGUAAGUUAAUAAACAACUACACCAUU